GACGGGAGGGCGGCGCGGAAGGCCCGGCGGGCGGAUCGCGGCGCUGGCUCUAAGAUGGCUGUUGUGAGCGGGGCGCAGUUGCUGUGAGGAGCCGCCCGCCUGUGCCAUGGAGUGCCCGCACCUUGGCUCCAGCGUCUGCAUCGCGCCCGGCUCGGCCCGGUUCCCGCAGGGCUCGCCCUCCUCCUGGUGCUGCAGCGUGUGCCGAUCCAAUAAAAGUCCCUGGGUUUGUCUGACUUGUUCAAGUGUCCAUUGUGGAAGAUAUGUGAAUGGCCAUGCAAAGAAACAUUAUGAAGAUGCACAGAUUCCUUUAACCAAUCAUAAGAAAACAGAAAAGCAAGAGAAAGUUCAGCAUACUGUGUGCAUGGAUUGCAGUAGUUACAGUACAUAUUGUUAUCGCUGUGAUGAUUUUGUAGUCAAUGAUACCAAGCUGGGCUUGGUACAGAAAGUCAGGGAGCACCUACAGAACUUGGAAAAUUCAGCUUUUACAGCAGACAGACAUAGGAAAAGAAAACUAUUGGAAAAUUCAUCUCUGAACAGCAAGUUAUUAAAAGUAAAUGGGAGCACCAAUGCCCUUUGUGCUACAGGCCUUCGCAAUCUGGGGAACACGUGUUUCAUGAAUGCGAUCCUUCAAUCUCUCAGUAACAUUCAGCAGUUUUGCUGUUACUUCAAAGAGUUGCCAGCUGUGGAGUUGCGGAAUGGGAAAACAGCUGGCAGGCGAACUUACCAUACCAGGAGCCAAGGGGAUAACAACGUUUCAUUGGUUGAAGAGUUUAGAAAGACACUUUGUGCUUUAUGGCAAGGGAGCCAAACUGCAUUUAGCCCAGAAUCUUUAUUUUACGUCAUUUGGAAAAUCAUGCCAAAUUUUAGGGGAUACCAGCAACAAGAUGCCCAUGAGUUCAUGCGUUACCUGUUGGACCAUCUACAUUUGGAACUCCAAGGAGGCUUUAAUGGUGUUUCUCGCUCGGUAAUUUUGCAAGAAAAUUCAGGUCUCUCUGCAAGCAACAAAUGUUGCAUAAAUGGAGCCUCUACUGUUGUCACAGCUAUAUUUGGAGGCAUUCUUCAAAAUGAAGUAAACUGCUUAAUAUGUGGAACUGAAUCUAGAAAGUUUGAUCCAUUCCUAGACCUUUCACUAGAUAUUCCAAGUCAGUUCAGAAAUAAACGUACUAAGAAUCAAGAAAAUGGACCAAUGUGCACACUACGGGAUUGUCUUCGCAGUUUUACAGACUUGGAAGAACUUGAUGAGACAGAGCUCUAUAUGUGCCACAAAUGUAAAAAGAAACAGAAAUCCACCAAAAAAUUCUGGAUUCAGAAACUACCAAAGGUGCUAUGCUUACACUUGAAACGAUUUCACUGGACAGAAUAUCUGAGAAACAAGGUUGAUACAUAUGUAGAAUUUCCCCUCCGGGACCUAGACAUGAAAUGCUACUUGUUAGAGCCGGAGAACAGUGGCCCAGAAAGCUGUCGAUAUGAUCUUGCAGCUGUUGUCGUACAUCAUGGUUCAGGCGUUGGCUCUGGACAUUACACAGCCUAUGCAACUCAUGAAGGUCGCUGGUUCCAUUUCAAUGACAGUACUGUAACUCUGACCGAUGAAGAGACCGUGGUAAAGGCAAAGGCCUACAUCCUCUUCUAUGUGGAUCGGCAGGCCAAAUCUGGAUCUGAUAAACUUUAAUACCUCCUUUUAAUCCUCACUUAUCAAGUCCUUCGGACAAAACAUUUCCAAUUCUCCAUAAAUACUUGAUCCAAGACUAUUAAUUUCAUUGUGCACUUUUCAACUUCCUCGUGUGGGUUUUAGUUUUGUUGUGUCAAUGGUAGCUUGGACAUUGACUUAUUGAACUUGGACACAAACUAACUUUUUUUUUUUUUUUUUAGUUCUACCAGAAAACCUCAGCAGAUAUUUUGAUUUGCUGCUUUAGUUGUGAUAACUCAGUUUUUAUAUAUAUAGUUUCAUGAACUACUUAGUUAUUUGAUUUUUAUAUUAAUGUUUUCAGUUCUCACUUUCUAAAGGCACAUUUACAUCAGAGAAGCUUUGUAUCCUCUUUAUAAGCAAGAGAAACGUGUUCCUGAUUAUGAAGAGCAAUAGAAUUUCAUGCUGCUCUCACAGCUGUUAUGUAGAUAAGAUUGAAUCACUUUUAAAUCAAGCAAUUGCUUGCACAUACUGUUUGCCCCAGUGCAAGAAACUUAACAGUGACCUCUGAACAAUCACUCUUUGCCUGCAGAAGAGAUGAGAUGUGGCAUCAUUAAGUAGACUGGGUAAUUGCUGCUAUCAGUGUGUAUCAAGGCUGCUGUCUUUCAGGACUCCUUGUAAAUAAAUAGUUGAUUCAGUUGUAUUUGUACUGCAAAUUCAAGUGUUUCUCAUUUGUACUUUUUCCCCUACAAAAGAGACAUUUAAAUUAUUACCCUAAUCAUA